AUGUCUGACGACGAAUCAUACGAUAUUGCUGGAUCCUUGGCUCUAUCGGCCAAGGAAUAUGACAGUGACGAUAAUGCCGACUCCGGAAUUUCAGACUUCGAAGACCCUCAGGACAUAGUAAGCGACAAUGAGGAGAAACCCCCAGCUAAAAAGCAAAAGGUGGCCGCAAAACCCAAGAAGGGAGCAAAGCCAACAGCCACCAUGCCUUCAAUGGAAUUGUCUGAUGACGAAAACGAAGGCAACGCAGACUCUAAAGAUAUAGCUGCAUACUUUGCCGUCAAUAACCCCAAUGCGAAGAAAGCCAAAAACGGUACCUUUGCCUCGUUUGGACUCUCCAAGUUCAUUCUUGCCAACAUUAACAAAAAGGGUUAUAGACAACCCACUCCAAUCCAGAGAAAAACCAUUCCUUUGAUCAUGGAGAAUAGAGAUGUCGUCGGUAUGGCCAGAACUGGUUCGGGUAAGACCGCUGCCUUCACUCUCCCCUUGAUCGAGAAGUUGAAGGCCCAUGCCGUGAAGCCUGGUGCCAGGGCUGUGAUUUUAUCGCCUUCGAGAGAAUUAGCAUUGCAAACAUUUAAACAGGUCAAGGAGUUCUCGAAGGGCACUGAUUUGCGCUCAGUGGUUCUCAUCGGUGGUGACUCUAUGGAAGAACAGUUCUCAUCCAUGAUGUCUAACCCAGAUAUCAUUGUGGCCACGCCGGGUAGAUUCUUGCAUUUGAAGGUUGAGAUGGACCUCGAGCUCAAAACUGUGGAGUUUAUCGUUUUUGAUGAGGCAGAUAGAUUGUUCGAGAUGGGUUUCGCUGAACAAUUGAACGAGCUUUUAGCUGCCUUGCCCACAAACAGACAAUCCCUUUUAUUCUCGGCUACACUUCCAAGAACCCUUGUUGACUUCGCCAAGGCUGGAUUGACCAACCCUAUUUUGGUCAGAUUGGACGCUGAAAGUAAAAUCUCUGACUUGUUACAGAUGUCAUUUUUCUCCGUCAAAGAGAACGAGAGGGAGGCAGCUCUCUUAAAUAUCAUCCUGGAUGUUAUUAAAAUUCCAAUGCCCACAGCGGAACAGAUUCUCAAGAUCAAGAGAGACAGUAAGAGAGCUGAGGAGCUCUCAGACGAAGAAGAUCAAUCUCACAAAAGAAAGCGCUUUAGAAAAGAGAGACUUCCUCCGGCAAAUGCCUUGCCAUCCCCAUAUUCUACUAUUGUCUUCGUACCUACAAAACAUCACGUCGAAUUUGUGACUGGACUUCUAAGAGAUGCUGGCUAUCUUGUGUCUUACAUUUACGGUUCUUUGGAUCAACGAGCAAGACAAGAACAAUUGUACAGAUUCAGAAUCGGCCAGACAAAUCUUCUUGUGGUGACUGAUGUUGCUGCUCGUGGUAUUGAUAUCCCUGUUUUGGCAAAUGUCAUCAACUUCACCUUACCUGCUUCUUCCAAAAUUUUCAUUCAUAGAGUUGGACGUACUGCCAGAGCAGGUAACAAGGGUUGGGCUUACUCUAUUGUGAACAAAAACGAGCUUCCGUAUCUUCUCGACAUUGAAUUGUUUUUGGGAAGAAAGGUCUUGCUUACGUCGAUGCAUGAGAAAAAAUGCGAAUUACUUAAAGAAAUGAAGGGUGAAUCAUACGUGGAACCCAAAAUUUCUUAUACAGAUCGUAUGGUGGUCGGUUCUUUUCCUAGAGCUUCUUUAGAAGUCUCUCAUGAGGCCUUCGACGCCUUGAUGAGAAAUAACUAUGACCUUAAAGUCUUGCGUGAUGUCGCCAUGAAGGGUGAGAAAUUGUAUCAUAGAACUAGACAAGCUGCUUCACCAGAGUCUGUUAAAAGAAGUAAAGAGCUUUUACAGACUAAUUCUUGGGAUGAUCAACAUUUACUCUUUGGUCCCAACUUGGAAAGAGAGAAGGAAAAAUUCCUUGCUAAACUCACUCAGAGAAAUGUUAAGGAGACUGUUUUCGAAUAUUCCAAAAAGGGAAAAGAGAAGGAGGAAGAUUCAAUGGUGCACUUGAUGACCAGAAGAAGACGCCAACUUGCUCCGAUGCAAAGAAGAGCCAAAGAGAGACAAGAACUACUUGAGAUGGAACGUCAAUCCGGGUUGAGUCAUGCUAUUCAUGAUGAGAUUUUGAAGGGUGAGAAUGGUGAGGUUGGAUACACUGUGAAGAGUGUGGAAGCCGAUGACGAAGAGUUGGCUGACGCUUUCGAAGAUGCUGAUGAGUUGAUAGAGGCGAAGAAACAAGAGAAACGUGAGAAGAAGAAACAGUCAUUCCGUGACCCGCAAUUCUACAUGAGCCAUCAUGCGCCAACUGAGGAGCUUCAGGAUCGCCAGCUCUCCCUUUCUUCAUCUUUCGUCAAUGAUGCAGCAAAGGCCACUUUCGAUUUGGACAACGAUGACAAGGCUCAGAAGAAUUCACAGGUCAUGAGAUGGGACAAAAAGAAAGGAAAGUACAUCAACAGUCAGUCCACAGAUUCGAAAAAAUACAUCAUUGGAGAAAAUGGACAACGUUUACCUGCUACCUUCAAAUCUGGAAAGUUUGACGACUGGAAGAAGCAAAGAAACAUCAAGUCCAAUUAUGGUAACGAAGAGUCUAAAUCUGAUGCUAAUGAUAACAGAAGAUUCAAGCACAAGAAGAUGUCUGCUCCUAGGGCUCCUGACAAGUUCAGAGAUGACUACCACAAACAGAAGAAGAAGGUCACUAAGGCUAUUGAUUCUGGCAUGAAUGUGAAGGGAUUCAACAGACAGGGACAGAGACUGGAAAUGAGAUCAACGGAACAAAUCAGAAAGGCAAGAGAACUCAAGGACAAGAGAAGAGCCAAGAAUGCUCGCCCAAGUAAACGGAGAUAA